AUGAGCGGAAUCACCGUUUUAGACAGUUUCUGCCAAACGGCACCCAUACCGCAAUGUGCGCUGAUCGGACCAAAGUCGCCCAUUCAGGGCUCCAGUGGAAUCCUAGCAACUUGUUAUGCGCGAAACAUCGACGUGGGCAAUACGAUCAUUUUCCAGGCUGCAUCUGAUUUUGCGCAUAUUGCUGCGUUGGCCAUGACCGUUAUUAUGAUUCUGCAUGUUCGAUCGAAAUUUACCGCCGUUGGCCGCAAAGAAAUCACCGACUUUUUCUACCUCUACAUGCUCCUCACCGCAAUCUCCCUCGUCGUCGAUGCAGGCGUCGUCCCACCCGGCAGCGGCCCAUUCCCCUGGUUCGUGGCCGGUCAAAACGGUCUCGCCUCAGCCACCUGUACUUGCCUUUUGAUCAACGGGUUUGUGGGCUUCCAACUCUACGAAGACGGGACAAAUCUUUCCGUAUGGUUGUUACGAGCGAGUUCGGCAGGAAUGUUCGUUAUAUCAUACAUCAUCUCUCUUUUCACGUUCAAGGGAUGGGUUGGAUUCGAUCCUGCGAAUCCCGUGGGUCUGUUUGUCGUGGUUUAUGUGUUGAACGCGAUCUGUCUUGCAAUCUACGUUAUUAUGCAGCUAUUGCUCGUCUGGAACACGCUCGAUGACAGGUGGCCGUUGGGACAUAUUUCAUUGGGCGUAUUUUUCUUUGUUGUUGGACAAGUCCUGGUCUACGCCUUGAGCGCCAAGAUCUGCGACAGUAUACAGCAUUAUCUCGAUGGUCUGUUCUUUGGCACAAUCUGCAAUUUGUUUGCCGUCAUGAUGAUCUACAAGUACUGGGACUCCAUCACAAAAGAAGACCUCGAAUUCUCCGUCGGCGUCAAAUCAAACAACUGGGACAUCAAGGAAGUAAACGAAGAAGAUCGCCGCCUCACCAUCUAUCCCGACGGAGGCUCCGAAUACGCACCCAGCACGCACUAUCGCUCAUCGACUUUUGGCGCUAAUCACUCCGGAUAUUAA